AGAGCAUAGGACGCUCCCUAUGAUAUUUACGGAGGGAAGAACUCAAUGUACAGAGGGAACAAGCAAUCGUGGGAAGAAAAUAAAGAUGUUUGAGCUGUAUGGUAUGAAUAAAGAUGGUAUGGUUUAUCGGUCACCACCACCGAGAAGAAAAGAAGUUGAUAUAUUAGAGGUUGGGUCGUUGACCGAAUUUUAUUGACACAAUGGUGAACUACUUCGAACGGUGACUAGGUUGAUUGUUCGUUUUUGAUAAGUAAAGUGAUAUUUGCUUGCAACUUACUUUGCAGACUUGCUUACAAUUAUCGUCUCCCGAGUUAAUGAGAAAACUGCCAAACGGUGAUGCAGUACACCAUACAAAGGAUUCAGUUGUUUCUACCUCUUUCGAUAAGAAUAAAGAUCUACCAAGGGAAAACAGACGGAACGUGUUAAGGAAAUGGAUAGUGAUGAUUGGUUUCUUUUUCCUUGGAUGCGCUUUGGUCGCAGGCGUUGGAUUACCUUUAGCUUUGGAACUACGAAGCUCGCAUUUAUUGGAAGCUAGACUUCAAGUUGUAAGACGAAUGCUGUCAGAAGUACCUUUGAUCGAUGGGCACAAUGAUUUCGCAUGGAAUCUGCGAAAACAUCGGGGAAACACAAAGUUGAAAGACUUUCCUUUCGACGAGAACUUGUCGCGAAACAUAAGUUGGGGCUCUCAGUGGCAAACCGAUUUGGUGCGGUUACGACAAGGUAUCGUGGGCGGGCAAUUCUGGUCCGUUUAUGUUCCGUGCGAAGCACAAUUUCUUGACGCGGUGCAACUCACCCUGGAACAGAUAGACGUAGUACGUAGGCUAACUUCAAGGUAUCCAAAGAAAAUAAGAAUGGUAACGAGUAGCAAAGAGCUUGAAAAAGCGCACAAGGAUGACGUGAUUGGGAGUUUGGUAGGAAUUGAAGGUGGUCACAGUAUUGGGACAUCCAUGGCUGUGCUAAGAAGUUUUCAUCAACUGGGAGCUCGCUAUAUGACCCUGACACAUAAAUGCAAUACUCCAUGGGCUGAUUCGUGUUCGGUAGAAGAUUCAAAUUCGGAUGCGCGAUUGGAUUUUCACAGCGAUGGAUUAUCGGUAUUCGGCAGAGCGGUAGUAAAAGAAUUGAAUCGAUUAGGAAUGCUUGUAGAUUUGUCUCAUGUUUCGGUAAGGACCAUGAGACAUGCACUGGCGAUGAGUAAAGCACCAGUGAUAUUCUCUCAUAGCGCGGCCAGAGCUCUCUGUAAUUCGUCCAGCAACGUUCCAGACGACAUACUCCGUAAUUUGUCGGUGAAUGGAGGUCUGGUUAUGGUAAGCUUUGACAGCGCGCAUUUGAGCUGCGGCGAUAAAGCUUCUAUGUAUGACGUGAUAGCUCACAUCAAUCAUAUCAGACGAAUAGCUGGCGUUAACCACGUGGGUCUUGGAGCCGGUUACGAUGGUAUAUCGAAUCCGCCGAUUGAACUGCCAGACGUUUCUGGUUAUCCUUUGCUACUGGCUGAAUUGACCAGAGAUAGAAGAUGGUCAGCUUUGGACAUCAAGAAAUUGGUGGGCGGAAAUUUAUUAAGAGUGUUGAAAGAAGUGGAAAAUCAUGCGACAAUCAUGUCCCAUCAAUCUCCAGCGGAAGAAUUGAUUCCACAGGAGUUGAUAGAGGAUACUGCAUACUGUAGAUAUCAAGACGCCUAGAAACGAUUCGAUAUACAACGUUCCUACGGCAUCGGUAAUCGUUUAUCUUCGAUCUUUCAGAACGUCGAACCGUGUGCUCCUUAUCAUUUCCUCUCUUUGUACCUGGAUUACUCCGUUUUACAUUUUUUAAUAAAGUAGCCACGGAUCGUACGAA